UAUGCCCCGAAAAUAAACCGACCUAUCCGGUUCGAUUCCGGCGACCCGCCUAAUGCCCAACCAGUGCCUCCUCGCCCCCAUCUCCCACGUCUUCUUCUCGCCCUCCGCCGUCGCCUCCGCCGCCUCCGCCUCUGCCUCCGCGAUCCGCCGCGCCUCCUCGCCCCGCGAAGCCAUCUGCCUCUUCAAGCUCCGCAUCCUCCGCCGCCCUCCGCACGAGGACCGCUUCGACACCCACGCCGCCGUCUUCGCCCUCAAGGCCUGUUCCCAUGAUCCCGCUCUCCUCCCCCACCUCCACGCCUACCUGCUCAAGACCAACCUGUCCUCCCACGUCUACGUCGCCUCCGCCCUCCUCCAUUCCUAUUCCCUCGCCUCCUCCCCCUCCUCCGCUCGCAUCCUGUUCGACGAGAUGCCCCACCGAAACCUUGUCACCGAGAACACCAUGCUCUCCUGCCUAGCCCGCUCCGGAGAUCUCUCCUCCACUCGCGCCCACUUCAAUGGCAUGCCCGAGAAGGAUAUCGCCACUUGGUCCACCAUGAUCGGCGCCUACAUGGACAGGGGCCUGACCGCCAUAGGCCUUACCCUCUUCCGCGACAUGAUGAAUGACACCCAAUUGAAGCUUGAUCCCCUCAUGCUCGUCACGAUGCUCGCCGCUUGCUCCCGCUCCGGCUCACUGCCGCUAAUCGGAAAAUCCAUCCAUGCUUACCUUGUGAGGAAUGGGAUGGGCAUCAAUGAUCAGCUUGGUACUGCCCUCGUUGACAUGUAUGCCAAGUCGGGCUGCUUGAGGAAGGCAUUUUACGUGUUUGAGAGAAUUCCCGAGAGGAAUGUGAUGCAUUGGACUGUAAUGAUUUGUGGAUUGGCCAUGCAUGGCCAUGGCAAGGAUGCAGUGGCAUUCUUUGAGAAGAUGAUUGGACUAGGUGUUCGACCCAAUGAGAUCACAUUCACAGGGGUUCUCAAUGCAUGCUGCCAUGCUGGAUUGAUUGAGGAGGGCCAGAGCUACUAUGUCAGCAUGGUUAAAGAAUUCGGAUAUGAGCCGGGAAUUCAGCACUACGGAUGCAUGGUCGACCUUUAUGCCAAGGCUGGGAGACUAGAGGAAGCAUAUAAGAUCAUUGAGAACAUGAAAGUAGAACCCAACAUUGUCAUAUGGACUAGCUUCUUGGCAGCUUGUAUGAAACAUAAGAAUUUUGAGAUUGCUGAGAAGGGGUUGGAGAAGGUGUUAUGCAUGGCAAUUCCUGAUGAGGAUGGUGGGGUGUAUACUCUUAUAUCGGAUUUGUAUGCUCUGGGGGGCAAGUGGAAUGAUGUGGUGCGAGUGAGGAGGCUGAUGGAUGAAAUGUUUGUCAAAAAGAACAGAGGUUCUAGUUUCCUCGAAAGCAAGGGAAGUAGAACCUUGAAUUGCUUGAGCGAACUGAUUACUUAUUCUUAGAAGAGAAAGAGGAGAUCAAUUGAUGCAGCAUUACAUAGCAUUCAUUUUGAGGAUUGCGUUUCUAAUAGAACUGCUAAGUUAAUAGCUUGGGAGUCAUGGAAUAAAAGCAUGAUCUACAUUGAGAAUAUCGUAAUACUUCGCCUGCGCAGAUGUUUGGGGAGCACCUGCUGCGAAAGUUGAGCUGUCUAACUAUGAAGAGAUGCAGCAGCAUCAACCAUGGACGUUUGUUUCAUGUAUGUUCCAUUGAUUUGGCUUGCCUUUCUUUGCUGUCAAAGGAAAUAACUGAAGCAAGUUUGUUCUUUCUUUCCUUGAUUUUGUACUCUCUUUUAGCUGUGACUGACACAUUUUGUUGGAAAAACACUUUGAAACCUGAAUAACUUAAUAAGGAUUCAUUGUUAAUCAUUAUAGUAAAAAAAAUUAAUUAUGUUUGCCUCA